GGAAGUGUGUAUAAAGGUAAGACCAGGUGCCUGCUCAGAUCCUGCAUCAACAUCAUCAGUCAAUCUUCGCAGAUUCAGCACAUAACCUCACUCGUUAUCCAGACACUCGUUACUUCGACUACAACACUACGUUAUCAACCAAUAUCAACAUGCAGUAUACUAUUUUUUCCCUGCUGGCAGUAGCCUCUCUUGCCUCAGCGCAGAGCUCCAGCACAGCCGCCUCUGCCUCCCAGACUCCCAUCGGUCAGGUUAUCCCUAUCGGCGGAGACUGUGUCCCCAACGGUGUUCCAUGUGCUUUGGGCGCCAACUGCUAUGCCACGAACUCUAUGCUUCAGCCUCGCUGCGGCAACUUCCAGGCUUCCUGCACCAGCAACCAGCAGUGCGCCUUCAACACCUGCAACGGAGGUCUUUGCAAUGGCUUCAUCCCCUCUUCCUCUGCCUCAUCGGCAACACCCACCAUCACAUCCGCGUCGUCCAGCGCAGGAGGCUUCCAGCCCCGCCCCUCAUCUACCGUCACAGCUGCACCUGGCACUCUCCCCCUUGGCGCCGAGUGCGAUGCUUUCGCGUCUCAGAGCCAGUGCGUGGCCGGCGUGCAGUGCUGGGCCAGCAACUCCGGUCUGAUCCCCCGGUGCGGAAACUUCAAUGCGGCCUGCACCGGCAACUCGCAGUGUGCGUACAAUACCUGCAACAACGGCCUCUGCAACGGCUUCCUGGCGUCUUCUAGUGCCGGCAACGGUACCGUUACUGCUUCGUCCUCGGGCACUGUCAGGCCCAGCAGUGCUUCUGGAAGCGCUUCCAUGACUGCGUCCCGUAGCGCAACGGGUACUGGCUCCGUGACUGCGUCUCGCACCAGCAGCUUGCCUGUGUUUACUGGCGCUGCGGCUGUUGCUACCAUGGUUCCUGAGGUCAUGGCCGUCAUUCUUGGUGUUGCCGCUUGGGCUUUGUAGAUGUCUCGUUGGGGUUGAAUAGGCGGUAAUACUUGGAGACCCUGCAGUUGAUGAUGUAUGUAGACCUAAUAAAUGUAGUGAUGAUAUUCUAAACACCAAUUGAGA